GAGCCCGUACGUCUUUAAACGUCUGCCGGCUGCUUAGUCACAGCCCCCUCGCUUGGGUGUGUCCUCUGCUCGCUCCCUCCCUCUUAGGUCACUCUCGGCCCUCGAAUAAAAACUGCACCCAACUUCCGAGGCGCCCUCAUUGCCAGCCGGACCCCAGCCUCCGACAGGUUCGGGCGCCCUCCUCCGCCCAGCGCUCCGCCGGCCCCCGCCCAGCGCCCCGCUCCACUCGCUUGCUCUCUCGGUCUCUCCGACGCCAUGGACACGUUUUGGUGGCGCGCAGCCUGGGGACUCUGCCUCGUGCAGCUGAGCCUGGAGGUGCAGAUUGAUCUGAAUAUAACCUGCCGCUACGCAGGUGUGUUCCACGUGGAGAAAAAUGGUCGCUACAGCAUCUCGAAGACUGAGGCUGCUGACCUCUGCAAGGCCUUCAACAGCACUCUGCCCACCAUGGCCCAGAUGGAGGCAGCCCGGAACAAAGGGUUUGAGACCUGCAGGUAUGGGUUCAUAGAUGGGCACGUGGUGAUCCCCCGGAUCCACCCCAAUUCCAUCUGUGCUGCCAACAACACAGGGGUGUAUGUCCUCACGUCCAAUACCUCCCAGUACGACACGUAUUGCUUCAAUGCUUCAGCUCCACCUGGAGAAGAUUGUACGUCAGUCACAGAGCUGCCCAGUGCCUUUGAAGGACAAGUUACCAUCACCAUCGUUAACCGUGACGGCACCCGCUACAGCCAGAAAGGGGAAUACAGAAGGAACCCCGAGGACAUCAACCCCAGCAACACGCUCGACGAUGACGUGAGCAGUGGCUCCAGCGAAAGAAGCACUUCCGGGGGUUACAGUAUCUUCCACACCCACCUUCCAACUGCGCACCCGACCCAAGACCAAGGCAGUCCCCCGGUCUCUAGCAACCCGGAGAACACCGCUGCUACCAUUACUUCAACUGUGCACUCAAACAGUCAUGCAGCCACUCAGGCAAAUAAUUGGAUGUGGUCCUGGUAUGGUAACUCGCGGCCUAAGACUCAGGAUCAGACAACAGCAACGACAGCUCUGAUGAUCACUAGUGGUACAACUUCCAAAACAGCAACCGAGAGGCAAGAAGCCCAGGACUGGUUUUCACGGUGGUUUCAGCCAUCAGAUUCCAAGAGUCAUCUUGACACAACAACAAUAACGGCUGGUACGGAUUCAAAUAUCAUCUCAGCAGGCUGGGAGCCAACUGAAGAAAAUGAAGAUGAAAGAGACAAACAGCCCAGUUAUUCUGGAUCAGGCAUUGAUGAUGAUGAAGAUUUUCUCUCCAGCACCAUUUCAACUACACCCCGGGUUUUUAACCACCCACAACAGAACCAGGAUUGGACCCAAUGGAGCCCAGGCCAUUCGAAUCCAGAAGUAUCGCUUCAGACAACCACAAGGAUGACUGAUGUGGACAGAAGUAGCACCAGUGCUUAUGGAGAAAAGUGGACCCAGACGCCACACUCGUCUUUCAGUCACCAUGAUGAAGAGGAGACCCAGCAUUCUACAGGCACACCCUGGGCAACCCCUAGUAGUACAACAGAAGAAACAGCUAUCCAGAAAGAGCAGUGGCUCGAGAAUGAAUGGCCUGGGGAAUAUCCCCAAACACCAAAGGAAGACUCUCAUUCAACAGCAGGGACAGCUGUCACAACAGCUUCAGCCCAUGACAGCCAUCCAAAUCAAAGAGUGACCACGCAGCAUCAAGAGGACAGUUCCUGGACUUAUAUCUUGGACCCAAUCUCACAUCCAGUGGGACAAGGUCAUCAAACAGAAAGAAGGAUGGAUAUGGACACCAGCCAUAGUACAACACUUCAGCCUUCUGCAGAUCCAAACACAGGUUUGGUGGAAGACUUGGACAGGACAGGACCUCUUUCAAUGACAACUCAGUGGAGUGAUACUCUGAGCGUCUCUACAUCACACGGAGGCUUGGAAGAAGAUAAAGAGCACCCGACGACUUCUGCUCCAACAUCUAGCAAUAGGAAUGAUGGCAGAGGUGGAAGAAGAGGUGGAAAUCUUCCUGACGACUCAGCCACUUCAGUGCAAGGUUAUACUCCUCAUUCUCCAGACACAAAUGAAUACACAACCCUCCUCCCAGUGACCCCUACUGAGCCUGAGUCCCCUGGAGUUACCGGAGUUACUGUUCUUGGAGAUUUCACCUCUAAUCUUGAUCAUUCCUUAUCAGAUGACCAAGUCUCACCGGUUGACUCCAGCGAGAGGUCUCAUACCACUGACGGAUCUGAAUCAGCUGGACACUCAAGUGGGAGUCAAGAAGGCGGGGCAAACACCACCUCGGGUCCUAUACGGAAACCUCAAAUUCCAGAGUGGCUGAUCAUCUUGGCAUCCCUCCUGGCCCUGGCUUUGAUCCUUGCGGUGUGCAUCGCGGUCAACAGUCGGAGAAGGUGUGGGCAGAAGAAAAAACUGGUGAUUAACAAUGGCAAUGGAGCUAUGGAGGAGAGAAAGUCAAGUGGACUCAACGGAGAAGCUAGCAAGUCUCAGGAGAUGGUGCACUUGGUGAACAAGGAGUCGUCAGAGACCACAGACCAGUUUAUGACAGCCGACGAGACGCGGAACCUGCAGAACGUGGACAUGAAGAUUGGGGUGUAACACCGACUCCAUGACCUUUGAAAGAAACCAUCGUCGGAGACCUAACCGUUACAGGGAGCUGGGACACUUCACAGAUGCAGUGUGCUACUGAUUGUUUCAUUGGGGAUCUUUUUUAGCAUAAAAUUUUCUAUUCCUUUUGGGGGGGGGUGUGUAUCGGUGUGUGUGUGUGUGUGUGUCUGUGUGUGUGUGUGUGUGUGUGUGUGUGUGUGUGUUGUGUUGUGUGUGUGUGUGUGUCUGUGUGUGUGUGUGUGUGUGUGUGUGUGUGUGUCUGUGUGUUUUUAAAAGUUAGGUCCAAUUUCUAAAAAACAGCAUUGCUUUCUGAAAUGAGGGCCCUAUUAAUUAUUGGCACAAAUUUGACAGUUCCAGUUCCCACCUAGAAGCCUCUCACCUCCUGGGGUAUGGGCUGACAGCUUCUGGCAAAAGCUAGAAACCCAUCUUCCUGACCCCAGCCUUCCCUCCACCCCACCUCCCAGGUAACAGCCGCCUGCUAAGGAUGUCCCCCAGGGCUAGGAGGGAUGGGUCCCUGGGAGGGAGCUUGAAUGGGGUCCACGCUGCCCUUCCAGCGCCCAACCCCUGGGCAUUUCUCUCCCGUGGGGCCGGGAACGGGGGUGUACUGGUUACACAUCACCUGCUACAGACCCCCUGGAAAUUUUUCAAAUGCUUCUGGGAAAUACCCAAAGGGUGAAGCUAUUUAUCUGUAGUAAGCUAUUUAUCUGUGUUUUUGAAAUAUUAAACCCUGGAGGUCCUUUGAGGAUUAUGCCUUUGUUGAUACUUUGUCAGAGGCAUAAAGGGUUUACGCUGAUUCAUAAUAAAUACCUGUACUUCUUCCACCUUCGCCAUUUGUGCUGUAUUCCUUCAGUUUUUAAAUCAGCCAGGUGUGGGUCCCACCAGCUCAUCAGGAAGAUGUGAGGAGGUUCUCCUUGAAGGUUGUCACCUCUAAGCCGCUAAGCCCCGACUCAGGCGCACUCAACUGAAUCUCAUAGAAAGGAGACAAUGCUGUUUGCUGAGGCUCCGAAGGCUUUCUAGUCCUGACUUAGAACCAGAGUUGUGAGAGGAGGAGCUUCAGGUGCUGUUAUGUUUUCAUGGCUAUCGAUUUUUUCCCCUGAAAGACUCUGAACAAAGUCACAUUACAUUUGCAUGACCUACCAUUUGCGGCGUCCCAUGUCCUAGACGCUGCCCCUGUUAGUGAUGUCCAAAACCAACAUGGAAGUGCCUUCUGACCUUCUGUAAUAAAAGGAGAAGCCAGUGGAAAUGAAGGAACACAGACAGUAGCCCACUGAUUGGCACAGGUUGGAGAAGAGGGGGAGGGAGCAUUGUAGAUCCUGUUGGAGUAUUUUUAUGACUCUGUUCGUUUGUAUUUUACCAAGCCAGUGGUCUGUCCCGCAUGCAAUUGCUACUCAGGGUUAAGUGCCUGGAGAGUCCCUCAAAAGGUUACAGGGCUUCUUUCCCACCACUGGAAUCUUAUCACCAGAUGGGUAGGUUUAUGGCCAGUUAAGAGAAUAAUGGCUUUAUCCCUUGCUUGGCAAAUCCUUUGUGUCUUUAUUUAUAAAUUCAGGAGGCUCCCUUGGUCCUGAACCUUCCAGAGGCUACUUGUAACAGAAGAAAUUGAAUCUGGAAAGUAAGGACUCCUAUAAAACGGGACCUUCUUUUUUGGGCCCCCAUAAAAAGUAAUCUGUUGCUUAAACUGACAAACUUAACUGGCACUGUUUCUCAGACCAACUAUGGGGGAGGAGGAGGAGGAAGAUAAGAAGGAAAAGGUCCCACAUACAUCAGAGCCAGGCUUACACCAAGAGCUGAUUCUGAAGGAUAUAUUUAAAGGAGAGAUGCUGGCUUUUUGCCCAUUCCCGACCUUUGCUCUCCCCUGUCCACCCUCACAAGCCCCCCCCCCAUCAUGGUCUUUGAAAACCUUUCUCUUCUGUGAACACCACUGGCCAGCUCCAUGUUCAGCUGUCUGGUGUCCAUUUUAUUUUCAAGUUGAAUGAAAAGAAAACGGGCACACCAGCCUACGCAGUUAUGCUGCCACUGGUGUCCAAGUCGCUCCCUGCUUUCCAAGAGCUCUCCUGGGUCUGCUGCAGACCCAGACACGCUCACGCAGGCUCUUCGCCCCAGCGCAGCCCGCCACUCCAGGGUCAGGUUCAGGAGGGCCAUGCCAGGUUCUAUGCCAGCUUCUCUAUGGGGCCGUGGAGGGUCAUUCAAGUCUCACGGUUAGGGUUGGUUUUCCACCCCCUCUAGACAGUCCUAUCACAUAGGCUGACAUGGGAGGUUAUUUCCUGUUUUAUUUUGGAAUUAAAUAUGGCCUUUUCUUUUAUUAUUAUUGUAGCCCCUCACUUGGAUAUACCUCUGUGUUCCCAAGGUAGGACUCGGGGAGGUCUGUACCCCUGCACUAUUCCCUGUCCUCAUGGAAUAGGAUAUGUUCUCUGCCAUUUGAAAUAACGGCGAAACUCCGGAAGCACAACUUGACUGCACGUCACUCCUACCAGUGACUUGCCAGGUGGCCUGGGCAAGUCACUAAAUUGUUUAUAAAAGAAAGAGGCCAGCAUUUUAUUAUUUUGCAAAGCUUAAGAGAGCAAAGCUGAGAGCUUAAGGUGUAAUUUUUCCUAGAACUGCAAAUCUUCUGUGUCUCAUUGUAAAUUAGCACUGGGUGAAAAAAAAUGGGGCAAAAGAUAUCUUCAUAUCCGUAUUUUUCAGAGUCUAGCCUGGCAGAAUAGAGUUCUCCAGCAGAACCUCUCAGAAGGUUUCCAUUGAAACUGGCACCAAGAAUUGAUUUCCUAGCCAAAGAAUCAUUCAAUUCUGGUAGAGCAGAGAAAUGGGAGAAAGGACUCUCCAACUUCUCUAGAAGAGUAAGAUGUGCUUAAGAACGAUGUUCACUCUUGUGUCAUAGAUAUGCCUUUUUGUAAAUCACUUGGGUUAAAUUUUCAAAGAAUAGUCAUUGUUCAGGAAUGGAUGAUGACCAUUGUUACUUUGAGUUUUCUCAGCACACCCUUCCUCUGAUUUUGGUAUAUUUUUUAAUGGACUGGUAAUAAUGAGGGAAGCAUGAUAUGUAUUCUACCCUGUUGAAAGCUCUUAUUGGAACAUAUUAAAAGGCUAAAGAAAACGGA